AUGGCGACACCUACAUACCUAUGCGGAGCUAAGACCCCGUGUUAUUUCUCCAAGAGUGCUUCGUCGUUCUCCCGAUCCAUGUGUUCACAGCAGCAAAAGCUCAAUUUUGCUUCAUUCGGUGGAGCAUGUAGAGUGGUUCAGUGUCCAACUCAAGGCAGGGGAAGAGGUGUGAGGGUUGUUUGUAAUGUACAAAAGGUAGAUGUCCUCACCAGAAGUGAACCCGAAAGUCAAGCUUCAGAAGGAUUAAGCAACCGGCUAUCAUGUGUGAUGAAGUUUGGUGGAUCGUCUGUGGCCUCAGCAGAAAGGAUGAAGGAAGUAGCUGACCUGAUCCUCAGCUUCCCAGAAGAGAGUCCUGUCAUUGUUCUUUCUGCCAUGGGCAAGACCACCAACAAGCUUAUAGCGGCUGGAGAGAAGGCUGCAAGUUGUGUUUCCAUUGUGUCUGAAAUUGAUGAAUUGGCCUUUUUGAAAGAACUCCAUUAUAGGACAGUGGAAGAGCUUGGAUUAGAAAAAACACUCAUUGAGGACCACUUAGAAAAAUUGGAGCGACUUCUCAAUGGGAUUUCUGUACUGAAAGAGUUCACACCACGUGCAAGGGACUACCUAGUCUCAUUUGGGGAGUGCAUGUCCACAAGGAUAUUCUCUGCAUACUUGAAUAAAAUCGGUGUCAAAGCUCGCCAAUAUGAUGCAUUCGAUAUUGGUUUCAUUACAACAGAUGACUUUACUAAUGCGGAUAUUUUGGAAGCAACUUAUCCAGCUGUAGCCAAAAGACUGAAUGGUGAUUGGAUUAGGGAUCCUGCAAUCCCUAUUGUCACUGGUUUCCUUGGAAAGGGUUGGAGAACUUGUGCUGUGACCACAUUGGGUAGAGGUGGUAGUGAUUUGACUGCCACAACCAUUGGUAAAGCACUUGGUUUGCGAGAAAUUCAGGUAUGGAAAGAUGUGGAUGGUGUCUUGACAUGUGACCCUAAUAUAUAUUCGGGUGCAGAACCUGUCCCAUAUUUGACUUUUGAUGAGGCAGCUGAACUUGCAUAUUUUGGUGCUCAGGUCCUACAUCCACAGUCUAUGAGGCCUGCAAGAGAGGGUGAUAUACCUGUUAGGGUUAAAAAUUCUUACAACCCUAAUGCACCCGGUACCUUAAUCACUAAAUCACGAGAUAUGAGUAAGGCUGUACUUACCAGCAUUGUUUUGAAACGUAAUGUGACAAUGUUAGACAUUGUUAGCACUCGCAUGCUUGGUCAAUUUGGAUUCCUUGCUAAGGUGUUUUCAAUUUUUGAAGAUUUGGGGGAGUUGAUUCAGCAGGCAAGCGAACUUGAUCAUGUUGUGGAAGAACUUGAAAAAAUUGCUAAAGUCAAUCUCCUUCAACACAGAUCCAUUAUUUCACUUAUUGGAAAUGUUCAAAGAUCCUCACUCGUAUUGGAAAAGGCAUUUCGUGUUCUUCGUAUGAAUGGAGUAAAUGUUCAAAUGAUAUCUCAAGGAGCAUCAAAGGUGAAUAUAUCACUCAUAGUGAAUGACAGUGAAGCAGAAAAAUGUGUGAAAGCUUUGCAUUCCGCCUUCUUUGAGAAUGAUAUGUCCGACAUCGAUUGAGAUGAUUGAUUUUGUACCCAUUUAAUUUAAACGUGUAGUAGCAUAUUUAUUACGUUUUUGCUAGAAAAACAUUUAUGUUGUUAGGGUUGUUAACUUGUUAUUCAAGUCUUCGAUUAUUGAAAACAAGUUGCAUGCCAAAUGAUUUUAUGGGCUC